AUGUGGAUGCAUACAGUGGCAGGCAGGCGUCGUCUGGCGACAGGCCUGGGAGUGCGUCGUCCCACUGGUGCGCGAACGAUAGUGACCGUUAUACAACAAGGAUACGAAGGAUGGCGCUUAAGUUUCGGUCGUAAUCCCGUAAGAUUGCCUCCUGGAAUCAACCUGAAAAUCCCUGUAUAUCACACAGUACAAGUUGUGGAUCUUCGGGAAUCCUCAAUUUCCAUCCCCAAUGCACGUCCCGUUCCAGUGAUUUGUUCCGGCUCGCUAUUCUUCCGCAUAGUGGAUGGGUACAGAGCAUGCUUCAGUGUGAGCGACGUUCAGGCAAAUAUUAAAAACACUGGAACAUCGGCGAUGCGAGCAGUACUGGGUUGGUUCAGCUAUGAUCAAGUCAUCAGCGAUCGUAACGGGUUGAACGAACAACUUAAUUCUGUCAUUGGAAACACGAUUGCUAAUUGGGGUGUUCAUUGUACCAGAUUCGAAGUACAAUCUUUUCAGCCUGCUAAUCGAGAAGUCGAGCGCCAACUCGAGUUACAAAUGGAGGCAGAAAGGAACAGGCGGAAACAGCUCCUCGACACACAGGCACAAAUCAACAUUGCUGAAGGACAGAAACAAAGAGUCAUACUCGAGAGUGAAGGCCAUCUGGAAGCUAAAUCAAAUGAAGCCGAUGCAAAGUACAAGACCGUCGUGCGAGAAGCUGAAGCCAGACAGCAACAAUCCAUAAUGGAAGCCUCUGCUCUCGCGGAACAAGUGUCCAAGCUCGCUCUUUCUAUUUCCGGUGCUGUAGAUGAAGCUCACGUUCAAUCGAGUGACCAACGUCGAGCUCUCGACGCGUUAGUUGAGCUUCGGCGACUCGAGCAAUUGAAGGCUAUUGCAAAAGGCUCUGGGACCUCGACAUAUUUUUUCGGUGAUUCGUCAAUCCUCGGGUCAAAUGCUUUGGGCAGAGCAUAUUUUAUCGAUUAUGUUGAAAAGACGAAAGCCACGUCAGGAGACAAGAUAUCCGCGCCUCGUACAACAGACAGUGGGACUCAUUUAAUGCCUUCCUGA